CAACACUAUCUGACGUUUAAUAAACAGUGACACUGCCAUUUCAAUUUCAAAGACAUAAAAAAAAAUGCAAGAAAGACAAAGCAAGCAAAUCAACAUUGAAUUGAAUAACAUUUGAAUCGCCAUUAGUUUAUUUUAUCUUUAUCUUACCUUCCGUGAUCUUUUGUGUGUGUGAAAUAUAUUUACCAGACUCGCACUAAUGUUAGCAUCUUUAAAAAAAGCUUUAAAAUGGAAUACAGCAAAAACAUUAGAAAACAAAAACACUCAGACAUCGCUUUUGCUAGCAGCAUUUCUUGGUUUACUUGAAGAUGUUUUAUUUUGGAAGAAAAUGUGGAUGUCUUUAUUAUUUAUUUUUCUUGUGAAUAUUGUUUUUUUUGUAAGUGUUUAUCAACAAGUCAACCUUUUAGAAUUCAUCUUGAUUUCAUGGACAGCUGUAGUAAUUAUUGAUGCAUUUGAAAGCUGGCUAAAACAUAAACACAGGACUGGUUGCUUAAAAAGGUUGUCUGAGCAUGGCGAUCAGAUAAGUUCUGUGGCAUUUCAAUUCAAAGUAUGGCUGAAGAAUAGAUGCAAUGAAUUCUUGUAUCUAAGAGAAACUAAUCAUACUAAAGCUUUCCUUUUAAUCAACAUAAUCCUGAUAAUAUUUUUUCUUACUGGGAAAUACAUAAGUGGCUAUAUACUAGUAUACAUAUUGUUAAUGUCUAUAUGUCUGUUUAAUAAAGUAAUAUUACCUAUUAUUAAAUUAUGCAAGAAUAUGAGACAAGACUUUGAAUCCGACUUCGAAUUGGAAGGUCUCAUUCCAGAAGCAUCCGAGGUUGACAUUAAAUUAUUAUCUAUUGAACCUGAUCCAGUUCCAGUAAUGGAUGAAAGACAAAUUUAUGAUUAUUGGAAACCAGAAGAUGUGCCAUUGGCUGAAUGCAGUGACAGUUCUGACAACAGCAGCUCAUUAGUUACAAAUUUUUCUAUGGAGAAAAUGCAAACUCUGGAUAAAGAUGUUGAUUCUUCUGACACCAGUGAAGAUGAAUACAUUCCUUUAGACCAACUGAAAGAAAAACAAAAGAUGAAAUCUACAUUAGAGGUAGUGGAACCAGCCAGUACAUGGAGCUCUACUGCCUACAACACAUUCUGGAAUAUUACUGGAGCUGUGGCAAAUAUGAUACAAUCAGAAUCCAGCACAACUAAAAGGAAUCGACUCUCAAGUAUAGAUUCAUCUGAUGGUUUCGAAAUGAUUGACAAAACUGACUUAUCUUAACAAAUAAAACAAAUGUAGUCAUAAAAAGUAAUUUUAAUAAGCAGACAUAUUUAUUCUGUUAAUAAUGUUUUUGUGUCUUUGUUUUAAUUAUUUAUUUUCAUAAAUGCUUAGUAAUGGCACAAAAAAAGCAGCAAGGAUAAAAAGGUGUAGGUAAUACCAUAUAAAAACAUUACCAUACUUCUACAAAAAAUUACAGAACAUUUAUAGGGUUUUUUAGACAACAUAAUAAAAACAUCAAUUUUAAAACCCAACCAAAUGACAAAAUUGUAGAUGCUUAUGGUACUAAUUUAUACUAGGGUACCAAAGUUUUAUUCAAGUUUUAAAUUUAUGUGAUUUUUGUAACAUUACACAUUGUUUAACUGGUCUUAAUGAAUGUAUUGUGAAUACUUCAUCCUUAAUUAUUAAGUUAUUAUUCUUACAAAGCAUAAGUAACAGUGAAUGAUAGAACACAAAACAAUGUAGAUGGCAUAUCAAUAAAAAAGAAUAAUUAAACAUUGCAAGACAUAUUUUCCAGCUUAGCCAUCAUUUCCUGGUGUUGUCUUUUUAGUGCUUUCAGACGAACCAUAUUUAGAUUAUUUCUUGCUACAAGACCUUCCAACAUUGGUCUUGACAUCUGAAAAAAAAACAAAAUUAUAAUUUCAAUAUGUUAACUUGGUAACAUUUAUAGCACCUCCUUACAUACAUAUUUUUAAUAUAUAUUGGUAGGACACCCAAUAAACAGUAGUCAUGUAAAGUGAUAGUUUAAAAUUAAUAGUUCCUGAUUAAUCCAUUUUGAAUUGUAUCUUUUAGUAGAUUUUGUUGAUUGUGUCUUAUAUAUCUAUACGUAUUGUUUUUCAAUUAUUGAUGAAAUGAGGGUAUCAUACCUAUAAUAUAGGUAACAAUUGUGUCAAAAAGACAGGAAUGUUAUAACAUUUUGAUAGUGAUAUAUAUAGGUGAUCUUAUAUCAUAACAAGAUGAUGAAGAUGCAUAUUAUGCCCUAU